AUGGAUACAGUUUAUGUCUCGUCUAAUUGCAACAAAUAUUUGACCGAUCACACAUUUCUUCUUGUUUUAACAUCAAGAUCAUUUCCGGCUGAUGUUGGUUACAAAACAAAAAUUCAUUAUAAAGUCGGACAAUGUGAAUGGGCAUGUGGUGAAGCUGAAUAUUUUCGUAGUGGAGGAAGACAGAGUGAAGUUAAAUGUUAUUGGCGUCUAAAAAUUCAAACAACUUUGGAUUGUGAUUCAGUAGAUACGACUGGUAGUGGUGAAGUUUAUUAUGAAAUUGAAUAUAAUAAUCGAUUAUAUGGCAGUAUUGUUCGACAUCGUAUUGCAUUAAAUGCCGGUGUAACAUUUUAUGAACCUUAUAAAUUUUUAUCCUAUGAAGUAGAUCAAUUUUAUGCUGAUGAUGCUCAAACGUUGACUAUAACGGCGGCUGUUAAAAAUUUGCGUAUUGAUGAUGAUGUACUUGUGCACUAUUCGUCGGAUAAUUGGAAAACAGUGCAUGAUCUUAAACUCCAUCCAUUCUUUCGAAAUUCAACUAACGGUGGGUCACAUCAAGAUGUUACUCUAUUAUCAUCUACAUUCAAUAUUUCGACUGAUACAAAUAUAGUUGAUUAUGCCUUGUGUUGGAAAAAAGAAGGCUCGGUAAUGUGGGAUAAUAACGAUGGUGCUAACUAUCGUUUAAGACGAGGAUUUAAUUAUAAAAUAUUGACAUUGAAUCUUCAUUGUUAUCAAGAAGAUAAUCAAGAUCAUAAACUGACAUUAAUAGCACAAUCAAUUAAUGAAUUAAAUGUUGACAUCAUCUGUUUACAAGAAGUGGGUGAGGAUUGGAAUGAGGGUAACGGAAACUGGCCUACAAAUGCUUCAAAGAUUAUUCAAGAUAGAAUUCAACGACCAACAUUCUUAUAUUUUGAUUGGGCACAUCUGGGCUUUAAUCGUUACCGAGAAGGUUUGACGAUAAUUAGUCUUUGGCCAUUGUUAAAAACAGAAUCACGCUAUGUAUCGGCAAGUCAAAAUGUAUUUGAUUUUAAUGCACGAAAAAUUGUUAUGGCAUCUAUUAUAUUACCAUCAAUUGGUUUAAUCAAUAUAUUUAGUGUACAUUUAUCAUGGAUAAAAGAGGGUUUUUUAUUUCAAGUUGAUCAUCUUCAUCAAUGGGUAGAAUAUUUACAUUACAAAACACAAAUAAAUGGCAUGCGUCCUAUAUCAAGUAUAUUAGCAGGUGAUUUUAAUGUCUCAGUUAAAUCCAGUGGCCAAGAAAGAAUGGUAGCAUUAGGUUUAAAUGAUUUAUUGGCUGACAGCAUACAUCUCAGUGAUAGUUUUGAAAGAAUUGAUUAUAUAUUAUCGCUUGAAAAGCCAACUAUGUUCAAUGUUUCGCAAGCUAUAGCCAUAUUUACGCCAAAAGAUUAUGGUUAUGUCUCAGAUCAUGUGGGAUACUAUGUGACCAUAACAAAAAAAUAA